GAGGUUUGUCCCUCACGGGCCGCCGUGUGCCGGGUGUGCUCCGCUGCCGCGCUCGCCGCUUGUUCGUCUCGUCCGCCGCCCGGCCCGGCCCGGCCGCUGCCCCGCCAUGAGCGACAAGGGCGAGCUGGACCUCACCGGCGCCAAGCAGAACACGGGCAUGUGGCUGGUGAAGGUCCCCAAAUACUUGUCACAACAGUGGAAUAAAGCUUCAGGAAGAGGUGAAGUGGGAAAACUAAGGAUUGUCAAAAAUCAAGGAAGAACAGAAGUGUCAUUUACUUUGAAUGAAGAGCUUGCAAACAUCAAUGAUAUUGGAGGAAAGCCUGCUUCAGUCAGUGCACCAAGGGAACAUCCAUUUCUUCUGCAAAGUGUGGGAGGACAGACCUUAACAGUGUUCACAGAAACUUCAGUAGAAAACCAAUCAGAAGAAAAGUCAGAAAGCGGCAGUGCUGAUAAACUUGCCUUGGAAGGAAUAGUGGUGCAACGUGCUGAAUGCAGACCUGCGGCUAGUGAAAAUUAUAUGAAACUGAAAAGAUUACAGAUAGAAGAAUCUUCUAAACCUGUAAGGUUAUCGCAGCAGCUGGACAAAGCUGUAACCACGAACUAUAAACCAGUGGCUAAUCAUCAAUAUAAUAUUGAAUAUGAGAAGAAGAAGAAGGAAGAUGGGAAACGAGCUCGAGCUGAUAAACAGCAAGUGUUGGACAUGCUUUUUUCAGCCUUUGAGAAACAUCAGUAUUACAACAUUAAAGACCUGGUGGACAUAACCAAACAGCCUGUGAUAUACUUGAAAGAAAUUUUGAGAGAAAUAGGCAUCUACAAUGUGAAGGGGACCCACAAAAACACAUGGGAGCUGAAGCCGGAAUACAGACAUUACCAAGGAGAAGAAAAAAGUGAUUAAUAAAAACAUUGAUGGAAUAAGAGUAAUUGCACUGAGGGAACUGUGGUGUUUACAGACAGGACUGAGCACAGUGCAAUUCUGCAAGGAUAAAGAAAAAUUAAAGCAGCUGAUACUUUGUAAUUUUCUGUAGCUUUUUUCCCCAAGGAAUAUUUCUUGUAUGUUUCUAAAUAUGCUUUGUCUUUUGACUGGAAAAGUUUAUAGAAUAAACUUGUAUUAGAUUUAUCUUUAUUAGAAA